UCCGAAGCCGCACAGGGAUCUAGGUCCCCUUGUCUUCUUGAGCAGCCCUCAUGCGGGGCUCUUUUUUCUUGCGGCUUCUGCCGCAACUGUCUCUACUGCUGCUGCUGUCGUUGAGGCGUGUCUGGACACAGGAGCACGCUGGAACCUUCCCUUCCAGAUCCCCGGUGGUCCCCGAGUGCCCCGAGGCAUGUUCAUGUUCACUUGGUGGCAAGGUCAAUUGCUCCGCACUUGAGCUGCCCACGGUACCAGCGGGCCUGAGCUGGAGAGUAAGCUCACUGCUUCUGGAUCACAAUCGCGUAAGCGCGCUGCCUCCAGGUGCCUUCGUUGGGGCGGACGCGCUGCUAUACCUAGACCUGCGGGAGAACCGGCUCCGGUCAGUACACGCUCGAGCUUUCUGGGGUCUGGGCGUGUUGCAAUUUCUAGACCUGAGCGCCAACCAGUUGGAAACUCUGUCUCCUGGCACCUUCGUGCCGCUCCGCGCGUUGCGUUUUCUUUCCCUAGCGGGUAACCGGUUGGCAUUCCUGGAGCCUUCGAUCCUGGGCGCGCUCCCAUUACUGCGCGUGCUCAGCCUGCAGGACAAUUCACUGUCUGCGCUCGAGGCGGGUUUGCUGAAUAGCCUGCCCACGCUCGACGUGUUGCGCUUGCGUGGCAACCCCUGGGCAUGCAGCUGCGCGCUGCGUCCGCUUUGCACCUGGCUGCGCAAGCACCCGCGUCCCGCUUCAGAAACUGAGACCCUGUUCUGCGUGUCUCCAAGACGCCAGACGCUCAGCCUACUGACAGCCUUUCCGGACACGGCCUUCAGACACUGCGCUCAGACACUCGCAGCGCGAGACCUGGCGGUGGUAUAUGCUCUCGGGCCGGUCUCUUUCCUCGCCAGUCUGGCCAUCUGCCUGGCAUUGGGCUCCGUGCUCACUGCCUGUGGUGCACGGCGGCGCCGCGGCCGCACCACAGUACGCCCCUUACUAAGGAGACCGCUGGAUCCCGAGGGUCCAACCUCCCAGGAGGAUGCUGGGAGCCCUGCAGCGGCUGCAACCCAAGCCUAAGGAGGCUGCGGUUGUUUCUAGCCCUCCCCCAGUGCUCUGCACUUUGAAAACUGUCCCCAAAUUCUUGGCCUCCCUUCAAACUCCCUGUAGGCGUCAACAAUAGACAAAAAAACCGGAAAAUUUCUGACAUUCCUUUAGGCAUCACCACUGAAUACCGGGGUUGGAGUAGCUGUGCGCGCCCGGUGUCCCUGGGGCAGAGGAGUAGCACGCUACUGCGCACCAGCGACACGGGGAAGGCACGCGCUUGGACACUGGGAGAGCAGGUCAUGUACAAGGUGGUGGGUGAAUGACACCCGAAUGGGAGGCGGAUGGCGCUCCCUGGUGCCCAAGGUGCGGGGCUCGUUGCGAGCCAGCGUCUGAGGAAGCCUAUUGUGGCUGCAAGCAGAAGAGAAGGCUCAGCCCUCUCGGAGUCUGGAGCCCUGGACAACUGGGAGCCAGAGAGCACCCCUGGGAAGCGCUGCCAGCAGGGCAGUGAGGGCUGGCACUGGGAAAUGUCAGGGCCAGCCCUGCGAAUGGGGUGGGGAAGGGUCG